AUCCCCGUUGGCAUCGCAAGCUUGAAACAAACGUCUCACCCGUUCUUCAUCGCAGACAGAGCUAGCACUUUCACUUAAACAAUCUGUGUCAGCCAUAACCCUAUUUAAGAAGGGCGCACAUUUAGGCUUCUGUAUAUACCUGUCUGUGUCUGUGACUCAUUGUGACUUCCGUGAACAUUGUGGGCAUGUCCAGCGAGUAGGAUCACAAAAAAGAUAAUUCCCCUCCUUUUUUAAUUUACUUCUAGUCUCACACACAUAAUUUGGCAGCUCGACACCAACACCGCUUCUGGAACUAUACUUGGAAGUGAUUCUAUCAAUCAAACAAUCAUGCCCCGUUUUAAAGUAUUUGUGUGCCCGACGCAACCCUCAACGACCUGCGAGGAUAUAGAAUACUUCUUCCGUGACUUCGGAAAUAUCUUAGACAUCGAAAUUAAGAAAGAAUUCACCAUUGUCAGCUUCGAAGAUGCCGAAUCAGCUGAGAAGGCCAUUCGAGAGAUGAACGGCGAAACACUAAACGGUCAACGAGUGACCGUUGAGUACACCAACGUACAAAAAAUAAAGAAAUGCGGCAGAGUUUUGGUUGAGCCUGUGUCGUCGAAAGCAGACCAACAGGACCUGCGUGCCUUUUUUAAGGAUAUGGGCCACAUUGUUCGUAUUCACUUCACGUCCCGUGCUGCAAUCGUGACGUUUGACGAAAUGAGGGACGCUGUAAGGGCCGCUGAUACUCUCAGUCACACUGAAUUUUUAGGAAAACGUGUGACCGUACGAGUUCUUAAUAACAGCGCUGAGAGCAGAAGGCCGCCACCUAGACGCCAGAGGUCUCCCAUUAGAACAAAUCACCGCGUUAUUGUUCAGAAUUUGACAACGCAGAUCGACUGGAAAGGUUUGAAGAAUUUGAUGAGCGAGGCCGGAGUGGUCACCUAUGCGAAUGCGCACAACAGGCAACGCAACCAAGGCGUUGUUGAGUUUGCCACCGAGAGGGACAUGUGGAGAGCUAUUGACACCUUGAGCGACACGAAACUCAAUGGAAGACGUAUUAAGAUAGUGCCGUUUGUUGACAUUUUGAAGGAGCAGGGUGAGCAUCGUCAAGGAGUGAAGAGGUCUCGAUCAAGUUCACGCUCUAGGAUGGACGAAGAAUACCGUCUUAUCUCAUAUAAGAGAAGCCGUAUCGAAUACUAAGCAAAUGCAUGGAAGACAAUGCAAAACGUGAUGUGUAUAUUUAUAGUAAUAAAUAAAGUCUACUUUUCUAAAUA